AUGUCGACGAGGCCACCCUCUCGCGUUGUGUUUGUGGGCAACAUCCCAUAUGGACUCACCGAGGAGCAAAUCACCGAAAUCUUCAGCAGCGCCGGCAAGGUCGAACGCUUUCGCCUCGUCUACGAUUCCGAGACUGGACGACCAAAGGGCUUUGGCUUUGCAGACUACCCGGAUACCGACUCGGCCUCCUCAGCUGUGCGCAAUCUGAACGACUACGAGAUCAUGGGCAGGAAGCUUCGCGUUGACUUCUCUAACGAGCAGAAGAGCACCGAUGAAGACAAGGACCAGGGCGGCUCAGGCUAUAACCCACACGGCUCUAAUGGCGCCGGCCCCAGUUACAGCUCUCAGCCAAGCACUCUCCCUCCUCUGCCCGCCGGAAAGGAGCUUCCACACGGCGUCACCUGCACCGAUGCUAUCUCGCGCACUCUUGAAACCCUCCCGCCUCCCCAGCUGCUCGACAUUCUUUCCCAGAUGAAGACACUCGCGACCAACGAACCUCAGCGAGCUGCCGAGCUUCUCCAGCAAGCACCACAGUUGGCAUACGCAGUGUUUCAGGCUCUUCUUCUCAUGGGUCUCGUCUCCCCCGAAGCUAUUCAGUCGGUCGUCGAGCCCGGAGCACCCCCACCGGCUGCUGCCUAUCCUCCCGCCCCAAUGCCUGGCUACCCCGGAGCGAGUAACACUCCUCCAGUCGCCAGUAUGCCAUAUCAGGCGCCUGCUCAGCCCUACGGCGCUCCUGCCGCUGCGCCCGCGCCGGCUGCCCAAGAUCCUGAUGCUCUGAUGCGAGCUGUCAUGGAGCUUCCUCAAUCUCAGAUCGACAUGCUUCCUGAGGCUGAGAGGCAACAGAUUUUGGCUCUCCGGGCUACAUUUGCUGGCCAGCGGAGGUGA